AGGGUUUCUGGAUAAGUAAGAUGCCGUGAAGUCAAAAGUACGAAAGGGGGAAGACUUGAAGAGGUUCCUCUUUGGGUGGGGAUGGGACAAAGAAAGAUUUGAUAUUUUAAGGAAGUGAACACUCAAAAAAAAAAAAUCACAAUUUGCUUGGUUACAACUUGUUUUGCGUGAGGGAGAGAGGCAUAUCAUCAUCAUCACCAAGUGACCCAACAGGUAUUUCGAAGUGGCGGUAACUGGUUUAAGGUGAAUCUGUGUGCUUUACCCACUUCGCGUCAUUCAAAGCUCUUCUCUCUCUCUCUUUCCAACUUUGAUUCCAUGGCCAUCUCUGUAACGCUUUGAUUACUAAAGUCCCUAAAUUUCCGAUCUUUUCGUCUUUGUCUCCCCUGUUUUGCGAGUUUCUGUUGAGUGUGUGUCAAAACCCUAAUUUUGACUUCAGCCCUAAUUAGAUAGAUCCUGGGUUAAAGUGUUUUUUUUUUUUUUUUUUCUGGUUUUACACUCAUAAAUUUCCGAGCUUUCGGUGUUUGAUUUCGCAUGAGGAUUUGAAUAAGCAAGGAAAAAGAGAAAAAGAUGUCAGUGGAGAGAUCUAUUGAAGCUUGGGAAGAGGUUCAACGACAUGGGCAAGACUUAGCUGAUCGACUUGCUCAAGGUUUUACGGGUUUGAUUCAGAUAAACCCACCUUCGUUUCCAUGGCCGCCGAGUCAUCACCAUCUUCACAAGGCGAAACUGUUCGAUCUCGAGUUCCCAAGUCAACAUUUCAGUGUUAUUAGGGAUUCUAGGUUUGGUAUUAGUCAACCCAUCAACGGUGUCUCAGCGAUUCUCGAUAUUGGGAAUAAGAUUGGUCAAGCUGGUGUUGAUUUUGGUGCUGGAUUGAACGUUAUGGUUCAGCAAUUCUUUAGGAGGUUGCCUUUGCCUAUACCGUUCCUGCACGACGACAAUAACAAGCUUGUUGUCCUUGUGGAAAGUGAAAGGAGCCAUAUGGCUUAUGUGAACACAAAAGGUGAUUUGGGAUUGGCUGCAGAACGGUUGAGGGAUUCAGGGUUUUCUAAAACUGAUGAUACUGCUUCUGUUACUAUGUCUGAGGAGGAAGUUGCUGAUUCCUACCUAAGAACGGCUGGAUUGCUUGGAAAAUCGAAGGGAACAAUUGAUAUGUCAUCAAGUUAUGACAGUAGGACAAAUGGUAUGGAACAUUCAUUGGCAGCCAGAGGAGACCUCUGGAGGGUAGAAGCUUCACAUUCGAGUUCUACUGCAAGCGAUGGAAAUUCGUCUCUCUUUCUUCUCCAGCUUGGACCACUUCUCUUUCUACGUGAUUCAACGCUUCUUUUACCGUUACACUUAUCAAAACAACACUUGCUCUGGUAUGGAUAUGAUAGGAAGAAAGGUAUGCAUUCACUCUGUCCAGCUAUAUGGUCAAAGCAUCGAAGGUGGCUUAUGAUGUCAAUGCUCUCUCUCAAUCCACUAGCUUGUUCAUUUAUGGAUUUGCAAUUCCCAAACGGGCAGUUGACAUAUGUAUCUGGCGAAGGACUGACGAUAAGUGGUUUUGUGCCUUUUUGUGGCGGUCUUCUUCAAGCACAGGGCCAAUAUCCAGGAGACAUGAGAUUUAGUUACUCUUGUAAGAAUAAAUGCGGAACCCGAAUCACACCAAUGGUACAUUGGCCUGACAAAUCAUUUGCGUUGGAUCUUUCUCAACCCUUGGCUUGGCGUAGAUCCGGACUACUGAUGAAACCGACAAUUCAAGUCAGUGUAUGUCCCACAUUCGGUGGAAGCAAUCCGGGGAUUAAAGCAGAAGUUAUUCACUCGUUGAGGGAUGACUUGAAUCUGAUAUGUGGCUACGCGCUCAACGCACAUCCUUCAGCAUUUGCCUCUGUAUCUUUGGGUCGGUCGAAAUGGAAUGGGAACAUUGGACGAACGGGAAUAGUUGUUAGAGCUGAUACUCCACUUGCAAAUAUUGGCCAGCCUUCUUUCUCUGUCCAGUUUAGUAACGCUUUCGAGUUCUGAAUCUUUUCGCAAUUAUAACAUAGAAAGAUUACAGUGUACAUGUACAUAUGUUUGAAAAGAGUGCUGUUCCCUUCAGUAACUUUUGUAUAUGGUAGUUUACUACUCGGUUAACCCACGAGUCUGUGUCUCUGUAAGUCUGGCAGAUAUUUUCACCACGUUAAAGAUUACAGUGUCACAUUGCUUGGUUUCUAGCCCUAUUGGUUUCAACUUAUCGAUGAUGUUUUUUUUUGUUUU